GUUUCCAGCACCCUCUCUGUAAAAUUAGCGAAUACUGCAGCAAGAAGUGAGUGUCUGUUUGUGUGUGUAUGUGUGUGUGUCACGAUCAAGAAGAAAGCGCAAGCGGGGAUUAAUAUUUAUUUUAAAAAAAACUCUCAUCUGGCUGACGACAGAGAUGGCAGCCAUUCGGAAGAAGCUGGUGAUUGUUGGGGAUGGAGCUUGCGGAAAAACAUGUCUCCUAAUUGUUUUCAGUAAAGACCAGUUUCCUGAAGUCUACGUCCCAACAGUGUUUGAGAACUACAUCGCUGAUAUCGAGGUUGACGGAAAGCAGGUGGAGUUGGCACUGUGGGAUACUGCAGGCCAAGAGGACUACGACAGGUUGAGGCCUCUCUCCUACCCCGACACAGAUGUCAUCCUCAUGUGUUUCUCCAUCGACAGCCCUGACAGUUUAGAAAAUAUCCCUGAGAAGUGGACGCCUGAGGUGAAGCACUUCUGUCCCAAUGUUCCAAUCAUCCUGGUGGGGAACAAGAAGGACCUGAGGAAUGAUGAGCACACACGGAGAGAGCUGGCCAAGAUGAAGCAGGAGCCUGUGAAAACAGAGGAAGGCAGAGACAUGGCCGGCAGGAUCAGUGCUUUUGGCUACUUGGAGUGCUCUGCCAAGACCAAGGACGGUGUGCGGGAAGUGUUCGAAAUGGCCACUAGAGCAGCGCUGCAGGUCCGCAAGCGCAAGAAGAGAAGUGGCUGCAAUCUGUUGUGAGAAGUUCACACGCCACAAUAUCAGCUGACCAAUAGGAGAAAAAAAACACACAUGAAAAGGACUGACCUUUUACCAAAUGGCAUCUUUGUACUGUAUCUCGCAUUUCAUGAUAACAGGCAAGCAGAUGAAUCGAACAUAAACACACCUAAUACAGGAAAUGGACUUUGUCUAUAUUACAACCGUGGUUAGAAAUUGAUGUUUAAAGUUCCUUGUUGAUUUUUCUUUUUUUUCUGAAAUCUGUCUUUACACAUAGAAUGUUUUCCUACUUGUUUUUUCUUUAUAUUUGUAAUGUAACGAGGCAGUGAUAGAUGCACAUAUUUGUAUGCAAUAUUCCUCAUGAGCUCGGCCGAGCAGCAGUCUUCUUAGCUUGUAUAAAGACCUCACAAAUAUGGUCACAAAUACGGUCUUGUCCAAACAGUCCAGACUGUCCCAUUAGUCUCUGUUCUGUUUAUCAUUUUAUCAGUUGUGAUAGAGAAUGGAAGUUGAUAUCUUCUGACCAUAAGAGCUAGUGCCUUUUUUUUUUUUUUUUGUACACCACCAUCUACGUCUCAUGUUUGUCAGCUAGCUAACAUUUCCGCUGAGGGCCUCUCCAUUGUACUGUAGCUCAUUUUACACAGUGUUGUCAUUGUGAAACCUGAGCAAAGCCAUAACUAAGGCUUUCAGUGCUGUUGACAACAAAUGGUUGCUUGUGUCAUUUUUGUCAGCGUUCCCUCAACAUUCUCCAUUUCCAGUCCACUCACACCGAGGAUAAAGAAGGUAGCUGUCUCUGUAAUGUGAUAACGGUCAACAAAGUAGUGAGCUUCCCAAUCUUUAUGAGAGUAAGAUCUGAUUAUUCACAUUUAUCCCUCAUAACUGUCACUGUUCUGUGCAGUGGAGCUAGAUGGGGGGCGGGUGAGAACUGGCCAAUUGAGACACAAGCCAAUAUGACUCAACUAUGCACAAUAGCUGUUAGGACCAACAGGGAGAUGACACAGCUGAAACAGAAAUCACAUGAAGUCCAAGGCCUGGUGAAACCUCCCUUGUUUGUUUGUUGCGAGUGACUGAGUUCAGCUCUUCCUCUGCUACAAUUCAAAUGAGGCGGUCACACCCGCUGAAGGAAUCUGUUUGUUGGAUGGUUUAGCCCAGUCUUAGAAAUGAUGUCUUGUUAGAGCUGUUAGCCUGUUACGUGCGGAAGUUUCUAAGUUUCUAGAAGGACGACAUUCUUUACAUGUUUUAGAGGAGCUGAGUUGUGUGUGAGGAGUUUGUUUUUCCCCCGGUGCCUUUCUCUGUUCUGGUGUGCCUUUGGUUGUUCUCUCCCAGACUCCCAGACCAGAUAGACCAGCUGCACUAUUCCAACCUGAUACUGACUGACAAAGUCAAGAGUGACGUUUCUCAUAUAUUUCACAAAGACUGUAUCUGGAAAAAAAACAAUAGCAAAUUGUGUCAUUAGUUUGCUAAAAUCUAUGCUGUCACAACAUAAAAAUUAAGAUUUUAUCUAUAAAUGCAGUCUCAUCUUCAUUAGGGCAGAUAAGCUUGAUUACGCCAAUUUACGUCAUGCAGUUUUUUGUCAAGAGUGAAUCAUGGGAAAUUCACAAAACUAGUAACAUUACAUAUUUCAUCUACAUCACUGGGAAAGCAUCUGUCUGUAGCCAUAGAAAUGCUCUUUGAUGUUUUAGAGUCGGUUAUUGUUGCCAAGUAGUUAGUUUUCAUAAUUCAAAUAUGGCAAGAUUGAAAUCGGGCUUAUUGGUAUGUCUUUAUCUUGAUUGAUGUUGGUCUUGAUCUUAAGUUUCCUGGCAAAAGAAGCAUUUGAUAUUUCAUGUCAUUAGUCAAAGGAGCAGGAGAUCGUCGAGUGUUUACACUGAGUUGUACUUGUUCCAGCUUUUGGAGACAUGUCAGCGACCGUCCACUGGUCACAGUUUUUUUUCUCCCAUGUCCUCUCAAAAUACUUGAUUGUUAACUUGACCUGAAAAUACGAUGGCUUGAUAUACAACCCUUGAAAGGCCCAGCGACUGUCCUCAGGCACAGACUCCUCACUGCAUUCCUUUUCUCUGCCUCUGUUGCUCAUUCAUGUACUGUACAUGUCCCUUGGUUGCAUGUUGCUGUCAGUAAAGAGGAGGGUGGGUGUUGAAAUGUGUGUGGCAAAACAAUAUCUUUGAUGUUGCAUGAAACCUCCUUAUUAUGCCAGGAUGGGCACCAAACCUACCAGCUGGCAAAGUCUGUAUCUAUUAUAAUGUAAUGCCAUCUGUAAUGCAACUUUAUACCCUCUACUGGCCGAGCACACAUGCUUUAACUGAGUGAUCCAGUGGAGGAGCUACAACUUUAACUAGUUGUGCUUUCCACGGCUCAGCUGAGGUGUAGAUGUGAAUUUUAUUUUUUUAUUUCUGAGGAGGAAGAGGAGAGGGGGGCAUUGAUUACAAUCACACACAAGCACCAUAUUAAUGUUACCUCAAAUCUUUAUAGGGUGGAUGCUAUGUUUUAACUCUGGACUUUUCGCAUUAUUGUGGACAACAAAUAGCACACUAAUAAGGCAAAGUCAAACAGAUUCAGAUCCUUACAACUAAGGAUUUUGAUCAGUGAAAACAAAAGCCUUGAGUUAUGCGUCUCAUAGUCGUGGCGUGAUGUUCACGGGUCUCAACAAGCUCAAUGCCAAGGAACUCGUGGGAAUUAGAGGUCGGCGGAGAUAGUCGAAAAACUUGAUGAUGAAAGCAUUCCCUUAGAGCAGCAGAGGGUCUAGUGUUGAACAUAUCACAAAGAGCAUGUACUAUACUGCUGUUAACGUGUAUGUAGAUAAUGUUGCGCUAUAUCAAAAGUUGUCCUUUUGAUGUUGAUGUAUGCAUGAGAAAAACCAUGGGUCUUUAUGCACACACACACUCACACACGCACAGACAAGCAGCACACGUCUUUGGGAACAGCUUCUGCUCAGUGUUGUGUAACUUUUUCUUUCUUUCUCUGGAAGUAUUUGAAAUUAUACAAGGAUCCAGAUUUAUAUAAAAGCUCAUUGUAAUAAUGCUUUGUAAACAGAAAAGUGUUGUAGUGAAUGUUUGAUCUGAAGUGAACAUGAACAUUGUUAAUAAACUAUUUUUGAGACAAGA